UACUUAUAAUUAACAGAACCACAUGUGUUUAUUUUGCUGUUCACACAAUUCAGGAAUGUUCUUCAUAUCUUUCAUUCAAAUCUGAUUCUAUCAAAAGGAAGAUCUGAAAUUGAAGAAAGAUGGCUACACUAGCAGAUAUUGGGCUAUCAGCAGCCAUUAAUAUAAUAACUGCUUUUAUUUUCCUGAUAGCUUUUGCUAUUUUAAGACUUCAACCUUUUAAUGAUAGAGUUUACUUUCCAAAAUGGUAUCUUAAGGGUUUAAGGUCAAGCCCUGCAACUUCCGGGGCAUUAGUAAGCAAGUUUAUCAAUUUGGAUUAUCGGUCAUAUAUCCGGUUCCUGAAUUGGAUGCCUGAUGCACUCAAAAUGCCUGAACCCGAGCUCAUUGAUCAUGCUGGUUUGGAUUCUGCAGUCUAUUUGAGGAUUUACUUGCUUGGGUUAAAAAUAUUUGUUCCCAUACUCUUCCUUACAUGGGCUAUUUUGGUGCCGAUAAACUGGACAAACAAGUGGCUCGAGGACUCUAAAGCAACUUACAGUGACAUCGAUAAGCUUUCUAUAUCAAACAUCCCACAAGGAUCUCACAGGUUUUAUGCUCAUGUAGUAAUGGCAUAUGCUGUUACAUUUUGGACAUGCUUUUCUUUGAAGAAGGAAUAUGAAACAAUUGCAAAUAUGCGGCUGCAUUUUAUGCAAUCAGAAAAACGUCGCCCUGACCAAUUUACGGUUCUUGUGAAGAAUGUGCCACCAGAUGUGGAUGAAUCUGUCAGUGAGGCUGUGGAGCAUUUCUUUUUAGUCAACCAUCCUGAUAACUAUUUAACUCAUCAGGUAGUGCUAAAUGCAAACAAGCUUGCAGAUUUGGUUGAAGAGAAGAAAAGUAAGCAAAAUUGGCUUGUCUAUUAUCAGAAUAAGUUUUCAAGAAACCAAGAUAAACGACCCAUGAUGAAGACUGGUUUUCUUGGACUUUGGGGAGAGAAAGUGGAUGCUAUUCAAUAUCACAUAACUGAAAUUGAGAAACUGAAAGAUCAGAUAGCUGAAGAAAAAGAAAAUGUUAUGAAUAACCCAAAAGCAAUCAUGCCAGCAGCAUUUGUGUCAUUCAAAACUCGUUGGGCAGCUGCUGUUGCUGCACAAACGCAACAAGCUAGGAACCCGACUCUUUGGUUGACAGAGUGGGCUGCAGAACCACGUGAUGUUUUCUGGCAAAAUUUGGCCAUUCCUUACGUCUCAUUGACUAUUCGGAAGGUUUUAAUGGCCGUUGCCUUCUUUUUUCUCACCUUCUUUUUCAUAAUUCCUAUUGCAUUUGUACAAUCACUUGCAAACAUUGAAGGUAUCGAGAAGGCGGCACCCUUUCUUAAACCUAUCAUUGAAAUAAAAACAAUUAAAUCCUUUAUCCAAGGUUUUCUACCCGGGAUUGCUCUAAAGAUCUUUCUCAUCCUACUACCAACAAUCUUGAUGAUAAUGUCCAAGUUUGAAGGGUUUUUGAGUAUAUCACGUUUAGAACGGAGAUCUGCAUCAAGAUAUUAUCUUUUCAACUUCGUGAACGUUUUUCUAGGGAGUGUGAUCGCUGGAACGGUGUUGGAACAGCUGAAUACGUUUCUAAAACAGUCGGUAAACAAGAUCCCAGAGACAAUUGGAGUGGCUAUUCCUAUGAAAGCAACUUUUUUUAUAACAUAUAUAAUGGUUGACGGUUGGAGUGGCACUGCUGGAGAAAUUUUGAGGUUAAAGCCAUUGAUAAUAUAUCAUUUGAAGAACUUUUUUUUAGUUAAAACCGAAAAGGAUAGAGAAGAAGCCAUGGAUCCUGGAAGCAUAGGUUUCAACACUGGCGAACCUCAGAUACAGUUUUAUUUCCUAAUCGGACUCAUUUAUGCUGUCGUGACCCCUCUUCUUACUCCUUUCAUCCUGGUCUUCUUCGCCCUUGCAUAUGUCGUUUAUCGUCAUCAGAUUAUAAACGUUUAUAACCAAGAAUAUGAAAGCAGUGCAGCAUUUUGGCCUGAUGUUCAUGGACGAGUAAUUGCAGCAUUGAUCAUCUCACAGCUACUUUUGAUGGGAUUGUUGAGCACAAAAGCUGCUGCUUCUUCAACUCCGUUUCUUCUUGCACUUCCGGUCAUGACUAUCGGGUUCCAUAUGUACUGUAAAGGUCGGUUUGAGCCUGCAUUUAUCAGAUACCCGUUACAGGAAGCAAUGAUGAAAGAUACACUUGAACGAGCAAGAGAACCGAACUUGAAUCUAAAAGGCUACCUUCAGAAUGCAUACGUUCCUCCUAUAUUCAAGGAAGCAGAAUCUGAUUCAGACAAUGAUUAUGACGACGACGAUGAUGAUGAAGUGAAUGAUAAAAAAUGGAAAAAAGAUAAUGUGUUGGUCGCCACCAAGAGGCAGUCCCGUAAAAACACCCCAGUGCCUAGCAAAAUGAGUGCUGGUUCGUCGCCAAACCUACAGGAGAUUGAAGAGAAGGACAAGCCAUAGAUGACGACGUUGUUGAGGGCAAGUGUAGAUUACUCAAGCAGAUAAUACAUAGAUGUGUCUCUUGUAUAGCAAGAAAGACCUUUUGAAGGAAUGCAAUCCAUAGUUUAUUUUAAUUUUUAUGGUCAAAAGCAUGGAUCUCAUAGCUUGAGCAUUUGCAUAUAGCCAUUGGUAUGUGUAAAAGAUUUUUACUAAUAUAACCCUCUGAGUUGUGUGUAA